CCGUGCCCGGCCCGCGCCGCCCGCAGCCGCCGCGGCCCCGUCGCCUGCCCGCGCCGCCGCACCAUGGUGGCGGCCCGGAGCGCCGCCGCCGCCCGCCGCGGAGCCCUGCUGCUGCUCGCCGCCCUCGGCGCCUGCCGCCUGCGCGCCGCCGCCAGCGAGGCCGCGGACUCGUGCCCCCGCAGCCUGGACUGCACCCUGCAGCGCCGGGAGCUCUGCCCACCGGGGUCCCACGCCUGCGGACCCUGCCUCCAGCAGUUCGUGGAAGACGACCAUGGGCGAUGCGUCCAGAAGAAACACUCACCCAGUGGGAGGACGUCGCUUCCCAGCUUGGAGGAAGAAAUCGAUCUGCUGGCCGACGUGCUGGCCAGGCAGGACGCUCCUCGCCUGCAGCCGCAGCGCCACGGCGGACCCAGGGCCGGCGCGGCCGCCGGGCUGAGAGGGGAGCCGGCGCAGAGGGGCGCCGCCGGCAGCGAGGCGGCCCCGACCCUGCCCGCCACCGAGGCUGUCCACAAACACCCGGAGGCAGCGCCCGUCCCUUCCAACGAUGCCGUGGUGCUGGGGCUCAUCGUGGUGUGCACCGUGGCCGGCGUCUCCGCUCUGAUCGUGGCUGCUGUCUGCUGGUGCAGGCUGCAGAAGGAGGUCAGGCUGGCGCAGAAAGCGGACUACUCGGCGCAGCGAGCGGCCAGCCCGUCGCCCUACGACAACAUCUCGCCUGGGGACAAGACACUGGCUCAGAGCGCCCAGAUGUACCACUACCAGCACCAAAAGCAGCAGAUGCUCUCCAUGGAGAAGCAUAAAGAGGAGCCCAAGCUGCCGGACUCGGCGUCCUCAGACGAGGAGAACGAGGAUGGAGACUUCACUGUAUACGAGUGCCCGGGGCUGGCUCCGACCGGUGAAAUGGAGGUGCGAAACCCGCUGUUCGACGACUCGACCUUGCACCCCUCGAACCCCAAGUUGCACCAGUAACACCCUGCCUUCCUCGCGCCCGAGCUCGCUACGGACUGUGACGCAGCACGCCCCAACGCCCAGCGCAGGCAGCGCCGCCACGGGGGCCCCCGCGCCGAGGCAGCCCGGCGCCCCCCCAGCUCCGCCAGACUGCUCGCCGCCUGCCCAAUAAACACCCACUAACAGCUAUGGGAGGGGGGGCCCCCCCGUUUCCAGCCUCCUUGUUCUCUCGCCGCCUUGUCCCGCGGCUCCCCACCACCACCGCCACGUCCUCGCCCCCGGGGCUGCUGCCGCCUUGGCGGAGGAACGGGGCGGGGGGGCUGCGGCGCUGGCGGUCAGCUUUGAGGAGGGGGUCGAGGGCUGCUUUCCCGGCUGCUUUCUCGAGAAGGGGGGCGGCGAGCGGGACCGCCGGGGCCGCGCUCCCUUCCUCCACCGAAAGUGCAUCCAGGAGGGAUGGAAACCUUCCCAGGAUUUGGCAAGCAUCUCUCAAGGCUCUGGCUGGCACCAGGAUGCCCGGUCCAUCCCCUCCGCCCCUGCGAGCCCCUGUAACCUGCCUGAGAAGCCCAAACCAGGAGCAAGAGGCGGGGUAGACAGGCUGCGGGCUUUGUCCGGAUGAUGCAUCCUCCACUGCUGCUGCUGCAGAGAGCAUCCCUGGGCAGUGCACGGCUGCUUUCUCCCCCCCUUGACCCAGCGCUUUUACCCCUUUUUGGGCUGCUGGUCCCCCCCAUGCAGGAGGUCCAGGUGCCCGGGGGGACCCCCGUGCCCGGGAGAGCAGCUGGGCCCGUUCGCGGCACAAGCCCCUCCAACGGGCAGAGGAUUUCCUCGAGCCGUGCUUGCAAUGUGUAGGCUGUCUCCAUCUUCUCCGCUGCUCCAGCCACCCCGGGGCCGGGUGACGAAGCGCUGCAGGGUGCCAGGGCCAAGGAAGGAGAUGUGUUGCCCCUGUGCAGGGCUGCUUGGGCUCGGCGUUGCUGUGGUUCAUGGGCCGUGGUCAGAAAGGGGGGGACUGUUUUGGUUGGAAAGCUGCCAGCAGUGGAGGAGAGAACAUCCCUGGGGCUCAAGGGGCCAAGGGAAGCCGUAGCCAUCCGGACGUGUUUCCGAAUGAUGGCAGUGCUUGCCGAGCAAGGGGCGCAGCGAGCACCAGGACCCGCCGGCGUUGCCCCACGCCCUGCCUUGCCCCACAGCCGCGUGCCUGUCCCCUCGUAGGCAAAGCCUGGGCUGCUCCGCGGCACUCAGUGCUCUCUCCAUGGCAGGGGACAGUCACUCAGGUCCACCACGGGCCAGCGGCCAGCUCCAGGGCCACCGCGGCCCAUGGGUGCAGGGGAAGGGGGGGUUGUGCCCUGUUGCCAGCCCCGUCCUUGCUCGGAGCCCGGCGUCGCUGCCCGGAGCCUCCUGGGUGCUCCUUGCACGCGGUGGCUCAUUGCACUGGGGGACGUGGCCCCGUGCCGGCGAGCCACGGUGACGCGGAGAUGUCUGCCCGGCGGCGUUUCGCGGCAGCAUUUGGCACUUCGCGGAUGCUCCCUCUCCGCCGCGCUAUGUUAAGACGUGGGUCGCUGCCCCCUCUCCCUGAGACCGCUGUUGUUGUAUGGAUUGUAGUUAUUUUAAAAAAAAAGGAGAUUUUAUUAAACGACCAUGUUUGAGACUCA